UAUGCCCUAGUUUUUAACCUGAAAAAAGAAAUCCAAAACUUGAAGCCACUCGAAAUCCAGACUUUUUUUUUUGUCUAAAUUGACUUUUAAACGAUUUUAACUUGAUGGGUUUCUCUCCAUUUUCGAUUCCCAAGCCAGAACGAUCCGACUCAGCGUCUCCGUGGUGAGUCAAGUCCUGAGUUUGAUCGUUUUUAUAUUUGUUCAAAAUUGUAUUCAAUCACCCAUUUAAAAAAAAAAAAACUGAAAGAUGGAUCGUUAGUUGAAUACCAUUUGCCUGAAUCUUUUGAAAGGAUAUCGUAUGCAAUAGUUUAUAACUUUGGGAGAAAGUUUUAUAAAUAUAAAUCAGAGGUAUUUAUAUAUGCGGAGGUUUUGGUCAUGCAAUUAUCACCUACCUCGGUUUCUUCAUCAAAGCGGAGUGAUUUUAGGCGAAAAUCGGGCAGUAGGCUUCGACAGAAACAUAAGAGAUUAGAUGCAAUAUGUGAGGAAGAGUAUAAUAGGAACCAUGGUGAAGGGAAUAAGAGGGAUGAUGUUGACGGGUCGGGAAGUGCGGAUUUCGAGCUCCGUAGGAGCUCACGAGUCAGGAAGGCACCGCUUAUUCUGGAUGUAUCACCUCCGCCUCCGAGGAGAAGGCAGAAGAUUAGGAAGAAUGAGAGGUUUGUUAGGGGGGGUAGGAAUUUAGGGAGUGUGAAGCAGGAAGAAGAGGAGGAGACGAUCACGGAGGCGCUGACUUUGGGGAGUUGGAGAUCAAGAUUGAGGACAAGGAGAAAGAAUGUGAAUGCCAAAGUGAAGGUGGAGGAGAGAGUUUUAUCGAGGAGGAAGCUUUUUGAGGAUAUAGGUGGCAAUGAGGAUGAAGAUGAGGAGGAGGAGGAGGAGGAGGAGGAGUUGGGCGAAUCAGAUGGAGGGGAAAUGGUAGCUUUGAAAUCCAGGAGGCUGGGGAGUAUUGAGGCUUCAAGUGGUUCACAGAGUGAAGAGAAGGUUGAGAUUUGUGGCAUGGAAGAAGAAACGGAGUUGGAAAAAGAAGAAAUUAAAGGAGAUGGGGUAGUGGAGGCUGCACCUGUUUUAGAAAGCAAAACGAAUCCUGGAAAUAAUAGGGGCGAUGAGGUUGUGGAGGGUCCAGUAGUUUUAGAGAGUGAAAUGAGUCAUGGAAAUGGGAAGAUAAUUGAUGGCAAUGCGGAUGAGGUGGAUAAAGAUGAUAGAGAAGUAUCAAACUGUAUGCAAUCAGAGGAGUGCAUUGGCCAUGAAAUUCUCGAGGUAACUGGAGCAAUUGAAAGAGUGGAGCUGACAGAAGAACAAGUACAACAGUUAGAAUGUCUGAGUGAAGGAGCAAAUGAAGAGGAUGCUGUAGAAGUGGAUAAUGGUCCAGAGGAAGUUGAAGAUGUUGGUCUUCAUGAUGCAAAAGAGGAUGGCUUGGUAAAUGGUGAUAAAAAACAUUCGGAAUUUAAGAACGAUAUGAAGGUAGAGAAGUCAAAUCAAGCAGCUGCAUAUAUGAUUGGCAAGUCACGUAUCAAACAAGGGAGAAGGUGUGGUUUGUGCGGUGGUGGGACUGAUGGAAAACCACCAAAGAAGCUGGUACAUGAUGCAGGUGAUAGUGAAAAUGAAGCAUAUAGCACUUCAGCAUCGGAGGAACCAGACUAUGACAUUUGGGAUGGGUUUGGUGACGAACCUGGGUGGCUUGGUCGUCUCCUAGGUCCUAUAAAUGAUCGUUAUGGUAUUGCCGGAAUCUGGGUUCAUCAACAAUGUGCUGUAUGGAGUCCUGAGGUUUAUUUUGCCGGCUUGGGUUGCUUAAAAAAAGUUAGGGCAGCACUUUGUAGAGGAAGAGCAUUAAAAUGCAGUAGAUGUGGGAGGCCAGGAGCAACAAUUGGAUGCCGUGUUGAUCGUUGUCCAAAAACAUAUCACUUGCCUUGUGCAAGAGCUAAUGGCUGUAUAUUUGAUCAUCGCAAAUUUCUCAUAGCCUGCACUGAUCAUCGGUAUCUCUUCCAACCUCAUGGAAUUAAAUAUUUAGCCCAGAUAAAGAAAAUGAAAGCUAAGAAAAUGAAGUUGGAAAUGAGGAAGUUAUCAAAUGAUGCAUGGCGAAAGGAUAUUGAAGCUGAAGAAAAAUGGUUGGAGCAUUGUGGUGAAGAUGAAGAGUUUUUGAAACGUGAGGGCAAGAGACUUCAUCGAGAUUUGUUAAGAUUGGCACCUGUCUACAUUGGAGGCUCUGAGUCUGAGAAUGGAAAAUCUUUUGAGGGCUGGGAAUCUGUUGCUGGCUUGCAUGAUGUUAUCCAAUGCAUGAAGGAAGUUGUCAUCUUACCGUUGUUGUAUCCUGAGUUCUUUGACAAUCUGGGGCUUACACCUCCCAGAGGUGUUCUUUUGCAUGGUUAUCCUGGAACAGGUAAAACUCUUGUAGUGCGAGCACUGAUAGGUUCUUGUGCUCGUGGGGAUAAACGGAUUGCAUAUUUUGCCCGCAAAGGUGCUGACUGCUUAGGAAAAUAUGUUGGUGACGCUGAACGUCAGCUGAGGCUCUUGUUCCAGGUUGCUGAGAGAUGUCAACCUUCCAUAAUAUUCUUUGAUGAGAUAGAUGGUUUAGCACCUAGGCGAACAAGGCAGCAAGAUCAGACACAUAGUUCAGUUGUGUCCACAUUACUUGCACUGUUGGAUGGUUUAAAGUCUCGAGGUUCAGUGGUGGUGAUAGGGGCAACAAACCGCCCUGAUGCCGUUGAUCCUGCAUUGAGGAGACCAGGGAGAUUUGAUCGAGAAAUUUAUUUUCCGCUGCCAUCAAUGGAAGACAGAGCUGCAAUCCUUGAACUUCAUACUAAACGAUGGCCAAAACCAGUUACUGGAUCUUUGCUCAAAUGGGUUGCAAGAAAGACAGUAGGCUUUGCUGGUGCAGAUUUGCAGGCCCUUUGUACUCAAGCAGCUGUUAUUUCUUUGAAGAGGAAUUUUCCUUUGCAGGAAAUUUUGUCAACUGCUGAAGAGAAAACUCCUAGUGCUAAACGUGUUCCUCUCCCUACUGUUACAGUUGAGGAAAGGGAUUGGUUGGAGGCUUUGUCAUGUUCCCCACCUCCUUGCUCACGUAGAGAAGCUGGAAUGGCUACUCAAGAUUUAGUUGCCUCUCCUCUCCCUACUCAUCUCAUUCCUUGUCUAUUGGAACCAUUAUCCACCUUGCUUGUUUCUCUUCAUUUGGAUGAACGCCUCUGGUUGCCGCCCCUUCUUUCUAAAGGUGGUGCAGUGAUUGAGAGUGUGGUUGUUUCAGUAUUGCAGGACAAGAGAUUGCCCAAGGAUCAUUGGUGGUUCCAUGUUCAUGACCUUCUUCAAGACAGCGAGGUUUCUGGGGAGAUAGAGAGAAGAUUAUCUCAUGCUGGAAUGUUAAUUGGAGAGUUUAGCUUUACUGAUUAUGAUAUGGGUGAUGUUAGUGACAACGGUGGUACAUUUGAACCUUCAAUUGUGCGUAAUAGUGGUACAUGCUCUAGUUUGUCACGAAAUACCUAUUUUACUUCAACAAGGAAAACUGGGUUUCGAAUAUUAAUUGCUGGAAGUCCCAGAUCUGGUCAAAAGCAUCUUGCUGCUUGUCUUCUUCACUGUUUCAUUGGGAACAUAGAAAUACAGAAAUUUGAUAUAUCUACAAUUGCACAAGAAGGAAAUGGUGACUUAAUCUACGGAGUAACUCAAAUUUUAAUGAAAUGUGCAAGCAUGGGGUCAAGUGUAUUGUUUAUGCCAAGAAUAGAUUUGUGGGUUGUGGAGACCACUAAUCAAGUUUCCGAGGAGAGCAGUUCACCGUCAACGUUCCAUCAAACUCCCAUGGAGGAAGAUCCUCAACUUGUUGAGAAGGAAAAUGGAUCCUCUCUGCAAUAUGAGUUGGCAGGGACAGCACAGGCUACAGCCUCUGUACAAAGUGUCUCACAUGCAUGGAGCUCAUUUGUUGAGCAAGUGGAAUCUAUUUGUGUGUCAACGUCCCUGAUAAUUGUGGCUACUUCAGAAGUUCCUUAUCUGGAGCUCCCCGAAAGAAUAAGGCAAUUUUUUCAGAGUGGUCAACCAAAUUGCAGUCACAGAACUACAAGAGAGCACACAGUACCCAGAUUCACUGUUCAUGUUGGCAACAAUUUUAACCGUGAUAUGGUUAUCAAACUAUCUGCUGCUCAGUUAUCAAGGGAUAUCCUUCAACCAUUUGUUCAUUUAAUUCAUCAAAGAUCUCAUGUCCAUAAAGAUUCCAGAACAAAAAAUUCUGUCCAGACCUCUGGAACUGCAGAAAAUGACAAUGCAUCUCAAGGUUUGGCAUGUGAAAAGGGGGUUGCAUCAGAGAUGUGUGGUGAGUUGUCUGUUACUGUUCCAGCAGCCCCAACAAACAGUAGAAAUUUGAAGGGGAAAUCAAGCUUGAUGCUGGCAAUAUCUUCAUUUGGCUUUCAAAUUUUGCGAUAUCCUCAUUUUGCAGAGCUUUGCUGGGUGACAUCAAAACUUAAAGAAGGUCCUUCUGCAGAUGUGGCUGGUCCCUGGAAGGGCUGGCCAUUCAACUCUUGCAUCAUUCGUCCCACUAACUUAUUAGACAAGGCUGCUGUUGCUUGUGGUCCCAGCAGCAGUAAAAGCAAAGGGAAAUUUGGGUUGGUCAGAGGUUUGGUUGCUGUUGGUUUAUCAGCAUACAGAGGUGUGUACACAUCACUUAGAGAAGUUUCCUCUGAGGUACGGAAGGUUCUUGAGCUCCUAGUUGGGUGGAUUAAUGAGAAAGUUAAUACUGGGAAAGACAGAUAUCAGUAUGUUCGUAUUUUGUCUCAAGUUGCUUAUCUGGAAGAUAUGGUUAACAGCUGGGCAUAUUCACUGCAGAGCUUAGAUCAGGAUGUUCAAAUAAAAGCAGCAAGCCUCGAACCAUAUGAUUUGGGAUCUCCAGAUAAUCAUUUUACAUGUGCGAAUGAUACAGAUCAAGUGGAGGAAUGCAGGCCCAGAAGUUGCCCGGAAACAGAAGUAGCAAACAAUGAGGAAUUCACCAUGCAAAAUACUAAUUCCAUUGACUUGAACAAAAAGGAUGAUCAUUGUGCUUCUGACCAUGAGGGAAAACUUGACCUUUUUGAAGAUGCUGCACAGGGAAUAGGCAUCAGCGGCAAUACUACUUCAGAGGAGCAUCACAAUUCUUCUGUCGCCAACCAACUGAUUGUUCAUGUUGACAAGCAGAAUGGGGCUACUCCUGGACCAUGUGGAUCAGAAAGUACUAGAAACCCUACGUUUGAGGGAGAAUUAACCAUGCGAAAUAUGGAUUGGAUAGACUUGAACAAGAUGGAUGCUAAUGGAGCUCCUAGUCAGAAGGGAAAAAUUGUUGCUGUGGAUAAGGCUGUAGACCAUAUAAGCCUUGGCGGUAAUACUAUUUCAGUGGAGCAUCAUAACUAUUUUGCAGCCAAUGAUCCAGUUUUUCUUGUAGACAAGCAGAAUGGGAGUAACCCUGGACCAAGUGGGUCAGAAAGUCCUAGAAAUCCUGUGGUUGAGGGAGAUCCUGAGUCCUCAAAACAAUCCAAUGGAUUUGCACCAAAUGGACCUGUUCUUUCUGAGAAUGGAUUCUGUAGUUCAGAUGAACUGGAUGGUGCGAAGUUGCCUGCCUCUGCUAAAGCUUGCGACACGGAGACAACUAUCACAUCUGAAGAUGGCAAACCUACAGGUCAUGAACGUAAAGAAGUUCCCAAUUUCUCUUCAAGCGAAACUGCUCUUCCAACUGAAUCAGUGGUUACAUGCUUUUAUCAUUGCUGCUCUGAUUGCCUCCAUUCCCUCCCUUGUUUGAUGCAAAAAGUUCUGCUUAAGGAAUGGAAAUCAAAUGGGAGCGAUUUGACAGUAGAUGAUGUUCACGAUACAGUUGCAUUAUUGUCCGUGGAUCUUCUUUCGACAGUUAGGAAGCUUUUUGCUGCCAGAUAUAGCAGCAAUAAAUUUGAUGAAAACUUGAGAAAGGAAAAUCCCAGGAAGUUAUCUCACCGUCCAGAGUGGAGCAUAUGUCAAUGCGAAAGCUCAGAAAAUAGUUUAGUUAUUCCUAAGGAAUGUAGCUGUCACACUGUAGGCAACACCUCUCCAAACAUCCAAUUCGGGUUUGAUCCGAAAUUUGUUUACAGAGAUGGAGUGUUGGUUCCUAUAGAUUCUAACAAAGAAGUUUCUUUUCACUGUAAAUUCGGUACAUUAUGCCUUUGUUCUCUUAUAGAGUCAAUACUAAUGACAAAGCAGCCUUUUGAUUGAUCCUGGUUUUUACAGCAUGGAUUGAGGUGAGAGUUUCUUUGGCUAUUAAAAAUCAAAUUUUGUUGGUUGGCAUUGCUUUAAGUCCGUAUCGAAUCUUCUUCCUCUAGGUAUGCUAGAAUGGUCUUUAUUUUCUUUCCUACUGGAAACUGCUUUGCCAAACUUUUCGGUUCAGCUAGGUUGAAGCUAUCCUAUAUAUACCAUGUAAAUUUCAUCAUCUGAGUUUAUUGCACCUCUUGACUACUGUCAAGUAUUUGUCCU